ACGCAGUGAGCAACAUGCAGCCGCUGCUCCUUGUUGUGCUGGCCCUUUGUGCGGCCCCAAUCUUUGGUCUCCCCAGACCGGACUACGACGACGAUUACAACGAUGAGGAGGUGAAGCCAUGGCAGCCGGAGCCCCUGAAGCCAGCUCCUUGGCAGGCGGAACCACGCAACGCACCCCAAGAGCCCCAGUCGGCCGUGGUGCCUAUUCCCGGGAUCGGACAGAUCGAGGGAGUUCGCAACUAUAAGACCAUUGCCGGGCGUCCUGUGAACGCCUUUUUGGGCGUGCGGUAUGGUCAAGUGGGCAGCGGUCUGGCACGAUUCCAGGCGGCUCAACCUGCUAACCUCCGGGGGAUUGACGCCACCGUGCAGAGCCCGAACUGUGCCCAGUUUCCGGAGUUGCAGCGCCUGAGGGAAUCCGAGUCCCGCGGCGAGAACGUGGACGAUUGCCUGACCUUGAACAUCUACGCACCCGAGGGGGCCAAGGACCUGCCGGUGCUGGUCUUCGUGCACGGCGAGAUGCUGUUCGACGGUGGCGCUGAAGAGGCCCAGCCGGACUAUGUCCUGGAGAAGGACGUGCUCCUCGUCUCGAUCAACUAUCGUCUGGCGCCCUUCGGCUUCCUGAGCGCUCUGAGCGACGAGCUUCCUGGUAACGUGGCUCUCUCCGAUCUUCAAUUGGCCCUCGAGUGGCUGCAGCGCAAUCUGGCUCACUUUGGCGGCAAUCCCGGUCAGGUUACGCUGGCAGGACAGGCGGGCGGAGCCACAUUGGUCCACGCUCUUAGCCUCAGCGGACGGGCCUCAGACCUCUUCCAGCAAUUGAUCCUGCAGUCGGGCACCGCCCUCAAUCCCUACCUGAUCGAUGAGCGCCCGUUGGAGACCCUGGACACCUUUGCCCGCCUCGCCCGUUGUCCAACCAAUCCCGCCGCCCGCACCCAUGCCCCGCUGUACGACUGCCUGGCGACACUGCCCACCUCGCAGCUGGUCUCCGCCUUCGAGCAGCUCUUCGAGCAGAACGAGCCGCGUGGUCUUAGCUCCCUCGGCGGCUUCAAGCUUGUCGUGGGCGACCGCCUUGGAUACCUGCCCCGUCACCCGGCCGCCCUGGCCGCCAACGCCAGCAACAGUGUGCCCACCAUUGUCGGAGCCGCCAAAGAUGCCAGCGCCUUCAUCCUGUCAC